AAAGCCUUCCACGAGCUGUGUGUGUGUGUGUGUGUGUGAGAGAGACGCAGUCUGAGAGCCAGCAAGGAGGUAACCGUGGUCACUGUUUCCCAGAGGAGCGUCUGGCUGUGAGGGUCAUUAAUUAUAAUAGAAAGACAGACAGACAGACCGACAGACAGACGGUACCGCAUAGAUCGAGACAGGCAGACAGGCCCCCCCAGACCAAAAAAACCCCACCAAAACAAGCAUCGUUUCGUUAUCGCUUCCAUUUACACCACCAUACUUGUCCUCAUAUCCAAACAGCAAUACUUAACGGGAAUCAUUCAUUUGACAUUUUUUUAAACGCCAUUUUCUAAAGGAGAUAAAUAAUUGAAAAAAAAUGCGUGUGUCCUACUGCGCAUCCUUGGGAGUGAAUAGGGAAAUAGUGCGCCAGUGUCCCGGCUGAGGGAAGUCGUCGAUCAUCCAAGCAGCGCAGCCUCGCCUCCAUUGUUAAUCCACCACAACAAUCAUCCUUUAUACCUGGUGCCCUUAAUUUGGCGGUGAAGUCACAUCCUUUCAACCCAGAUUCCACUCCAACUACUAUUUCUCAAAGCAAACAAUCAGUGGACACUAUCCAUUCCCCUGGAAAGGCCUUCCGGUGUCGGGAACCUUCCCCGUCCCCGAACCAGCCCACCUCCCAGUUUGUUAAAUCCUCCCUCACUCUUGACGACCCAUAUUUUUCUCCCACCAGUCAAACUCGACCUGUUCAGAAUCCGAAGUCUUCUCCAAAAGUUCCGCACCAAGACGCAAUCAUGGCUUCUCCUAAACUGGGCCUGUCAGCCACCACCACCUCCUCAUCGUCAUCGUCCUCCGCUUCCAUAUGUCCGCCACACCCAGGAAGCCCCAGCCGAGUCCCUGAAGGUCCCCCAAGUCCUGUUACCCCAACACCGAGCCCAGGAGUGUCUUCCGCUUCGGUUGCUCCCACUCGGGCCCAGCUGAGUCUCGCCCUGAUACUCGAGGAGCUUCGGGUACUCCAGCAACGGCAAAUCAACCAGAUGCAAAUAACCGAGGAGAUCUGUAGACAGGUUCUACGUCUGGGCGGGGCAUCAUAUUCAAUAGAUACGCCCACCCAGCAGCUCCUCCCACCCCUACCUCAACUGUGUUUAGAAGACAAAAGGUCCAACAGUCCAACUACCCAACCAGCAACCACUCAGCCUUCAACAUCAGUAGCUCCUCUCUUGGCGUGUUUUUCGACUUUGCUCCCCUCUCAGGUUUCUAACAAACCUUCAAAGUCCAGCAACGCCCUGUCCCAAAUCCUGCAACCGUGCAAGCCGCAACCGGAAAGCACGGGAGGCACCUCGGGGGCUGAGAAUUACCAACCUUCAGACGCUUCCACGUCUAUUGCUUCUUCGAGCUACCCGUUGGCGUUAUCAUUGGCUCUACCCAACCACUAUUUCCACGAAAAAUCGCCGAAUAAUUUAAAUGAGCACUGUGGCAAAUCGUACCUAAACGCAUCCCCAAAUACCCAGUAUGCUUUGCAGUCGCUCACCGGAGGCGCAAACGCAUCAUCUACCUCUUCGUCCGGCGGUUCUAGUCGUCUCCAGCAUGUUUGCCGUUUUUGCGGGAAGAUCUUCAGCGGUGAUUCCGCCCUGCAGAUACAUCUGCGUUCGCAUACCGGAGAACGGCCUUAUCAGUGUCCCGUGUGUCUGAGUCGCUUCACGACUCGGGGUAACCUCAAGGUUCACUUCUUACGCCACAGGGAGCAAAACCCUGAACUGUCGCUGUCGCUGCUUCCGCCAUCUUUGUUUGGAGUGGCGUUACGGGCCACGGAUACGAGUGGCGGUAGUAGUACUUCUGAAAAGAAGGCAAAAUUCAGACCGGAGGAGGAAGUUUAUGGGAAUGAUUUAGAGGUCAGCGGGACAAAUAGUGGGUUCCCGGUUGGGGCAACAGGAGGUUCGACUCCUUGUACGUUACCUCUGCCUCCGAGUGUGGAUCUGGCUUUGAUUUCACAUUCCUUACUGCAACUUAAUCGAGCGGCGGCUGUUGCAGCGGCGGUCUCCAUCGCCUCCGGGUCAUCUUACUCCUCCCCCUCCACUUCGGUACCCGCUUCUUCAUUGUCCAAUUCCCUACUUUCCAUUCCCACUUUAUCUUCAUCUUCGACGAUCUCAGGGUUGUUGAAGGGUGCAAAACAGCAUCACUCCGAUGAAAACACACCUCCUCAAGCUGCCAUUUUGUCUCCUGCGGCUUACUCCCAGCUAGCACAUCUCCCAAAACUCCUAUUCCCGGCCGGUUCCUCUACAUCCGUUUCCAGCAGUGCCACACACUCAACACUCCAUCCCGCUUUGGGGAUGCUACGUUCUCCGCUACCAUCAAAUGCAGCAUCGCACCAACCAGCUUCUACCAGCCUUUCGCAUAUCACGUUCCCGUUUUCGCCCUUUCAUAAAGUGCCAAGCCGAGCCGCGAGCACUCAGAGUUCCGUACCGUCCUCCGUAGCUAUCUCCACACCAACAUCUGAAACAUCUAAGCUACAGCGGUUGGUAGAAAAGCUAGAAAAAGCACCUCCUCAAUGGACGACUUCUUCUUCUACAAUGGAGGUCCAACCAAGCAACACUAUGGCGUCUCCAGGAAGUUCAGCUAACAGUAACUUCACACAUACUAGCACCUCCACUACAUACGUUAUGGCAUCUCCGCCAUCUUCUAAUCUUGUUUCCACAUCAGUUUCAAAGUUCACACGUCAAAUGGUUGCCGCGCUCGGUAUGGGUGUGAGUAAUGCCAACGCCAUCGCAGGGGGUUUGCUACCGACGCUAAACAUCGCUCCAGCUAGUAACCUAGCAACCAAUCAAUGCGGUGUUUGUUUUCGGGUUCUGAGCUGCCCGAGAGCUCUUCGCUUACACCAAGCGACUCACCUCGGGGAACGUCCUUUCCCGUGUAAGUUGUGCGGAAGAUCCUUCUCGACUAAAGGUAGCCUACGCUCACAUCUGGCAACCCAUCACACACGUCCGCCGAACGCUCGAGUCCAGAACUCCUGUCCGUUGUGUCAACGUAAAUUCACCAACGCUCUCGUGCUUCAGCAUCACAUCCGUAUGCAUCUUGGAGGACAACUGCCGCCAGAAGGUGCUGAUGAUUCCAGCUACGAGAUGCCAUCUGAAUCCGACGCUAAAACUUUGUCGCAGUCCGACAUCAAAACAUCUCAACCCGGCAACUCGAAGACUCUAUCCCCGACUUCAAAGCCUGUAGACGUCGUCGCAAGUCCCAUUCCUGAGCCUAAACCCGCUGAAUAUGACGCAACCCAUAACAAAUAUGGAUCCUCCAGCCCAGACCUGAACCCCCCGUCUGAUCUAAGCCCGGACCCCUUCAUGAUUAUCACAACACAAACUCCACCGCCAAUUACCGAUGAUGACCCCCCUGUUCUUAGUGCCAGUGCGCCACUCCCAGCUGAAAAAGAUAACCAAGCUCAAGAAGAUGUUUGUCAGGAACCCGCUCCAUUUCCUGACGCCCCCCCCCAUGCCCCAAGGUCAAAUCAACCAAAUCUACAAAACACAUCCACUAAUUCCGACCCAUUCGCUUACAGUACGGUUUCUUCCUCAAAAACUGUAGAAACUCAAGCGGAAUCAAACUCCGGGGUGAAGUCACCUCAACUUAUGGAUGAAGACAAAGAUACAUUUUGUGCCCCGGUGACACCAAAGCAAGACCAAACAAAUAUUCCAGAGGAGUACUCCACAAUAAUGUCCGCCUCAGAAGCCGGUGACAAUAUUCAAGGACGAGAUGCUAACAGGGCGGCAACUUUUGGUCAGAAUUUUAAUUUGGAUUCAUUUGAGAGGGACGAACCAAUAGAAGGUGUGAAGAUGAUUACUGGAUCGAAACCAAGUGAAGCACCCGACGUUUCUCUCCUAGCACCGACCCUCCCGUCACCUAUAGCUCGACCUGAGAAGAAGACGUAUUGUUGUGCUGAAUGUGGAAAAGCAUACGCCAGUCGCAGCGGGCUGAAGGGCCACAUGAAACACCACGGCGUCGUAACCAAAACAACCCGUCCUCUACCCCGCAGUAGCCGUUCAUGCGCCGACCCACCACAGUCCUCACCUGUAGCUUCCUUGACGAUUCCGGCCACCACCAGCUCAGCGGGAUUCUGGAACCAGUACCAAGCCUUCCUCAACAACAGUCCCGGGUCAAGUGAUGAUCCCGCUCUUGCCAGUCAGGGGGGGAAAGAGUCUGGAAAGCCUUCCGGGCAGUCCGACAUGGAUGCAGGGGCUCCCGAAGAGGCAGGAUCCUAACCUGCUGCCGUCGUCGCUGUAAUAUGUUUGUAUAUGUAAAUGUUGUGAUUCCAAAACAAAUGAAAAUCAAGUAAAUACAUCAGUAAUUGCUGUGACACGACUGUUGUUGGUAUCACUGUUAGUAUAUGUCGCACAUCCUUUUUUUUUUUUUACAUAAUAGUGUCAUGAGUAUCAGCAGAGCAACAGUACGCCAUUUCUGUGUUGAAUAUUAUGUCAUUUGUUCCGAGCGUUGUGCUUAAGGUGCAAUAAUACAAUCAUGUCAUGGUGGUGUCGUCCUUCACUUCACACCAAAAGCACAGUGAACCUACUGAUGGUCUUUAAUGUGACCUUUGUGAGCAAUAUGAAUGUCGUUGUGGUGCAAAAGUAACCUGUGACACAUGCUACUAAAACUAUAUAACCUUUUUUGUCCGUGUGUGAGGUGUACUUUCAUUAUGUCUCUAUUAAAAAAUUACAUCUGAUGGUGACUUUGCAUAACAUUAUGUUUUUUCUUUACACCAGAGUGGGGGGGAAAGUGUGUUUUAGACCAGAGGUUCUCAUGAAAAAUGUUUUACUUUUUUUUUUUUACUUGUUAAUAUUUUUUUUUUACAAUUUAAUUUAAUGUUUACUUUUUUCCUUUUUAUUUUUUUUACACUUUUU